AUGGCGAUCGAAACCGCCAUUAACGAGUCGAGAGAAGAGUUUGAUAAAAGAUAUACCAGAGCAGACCUGAUUUACUUGUUUUCCUGCAACUCUGGUUGCCUGUCUUUCUGGUUUUCAUUCUUUCUUUUAUUCAUUCUUUAUUUAUUUCCUUCCCUUCCCGUAUUAUCUAUCUAUCUAUCUAUCUAUCUAUCUAUCUAUCUGUCUGUCUGUCUGUCUGUCUCUCCAUUAUUCUUUCUUUUCUUUCUUUCUUUCUUUCUUUCUUUCUUUCUUAGCCGAUCAAUAUCUAUCUAUCUAUUAUUCUUUUUUUUCUUUCAUUCUUUCUUUCUUUUUUUCUUUCUUACUUUCUUCCUUUCAUCCUCUCUCAGCCGGUCAAUAUCUACUAUCUAUCUCCGGCCAGAUUCAUUCAUCUAUCUAUCUAUUCAUUCAUCUAUCUAUUCAUCUAUCUAUCUAUCUAUCUGCCCAUUAUUCUUUCUUUCUUUCUUUCUUUCUUUCUUUUCUUUCUUUCUUUUCUUUCAGCUGGUCAAUAUCUAUACCUUAUCUAUCUAUCUAUCUAUCUAUAUCUAUCUAUCUAUCUAUUCAUCUAUUCUUUCCUUCUCUCUCUUCUUUUUUUCUUUCUUUUCUUUCUUUCUUUUUUCUUUAAAGCUGGUCAAUAUCUAUUUAUCUAUCUAUCUAUCCAUUCAUCUAUCUAUCUAUCUAUCUGGUGUCUGUCUGUCUUGUCUGUACAUUAUUUUCUAUCUCUCUCUCUCUCCGUCUCACUAUCUUUCUUCUUUUCAACAACAACAACUUUCAACAACAACUUUUUCUUUCUCAAAUGGUCAAUAUCUAUCUAUUCAUCUAUCUAUCUAUGAAAUCCUUUUACCAAACUCCAUCGAAUUCGAAUCUUGCAAUUGUAUCUCAAUGACGAAACCAGACACUCCUACUUUUCCUAAAAAAAAAACACCUGAUGACACACCCACACGCUUCUCUGUUCAUAUUAAUUUUCCAUCAUCUUUCUGA